AUGACGAAUAUCAGAAAUCUCGUGACAGCCAUGGACUACCACAAGGACAGAACUGUGAGACCAUUUAUCAUGAUUACACUGAACAAUUGGAAAGACUUUGAUGAUUUCGUCUACCUCAGCCUGCAAGCAAGCAGCUUAAAUUAUUGCGCGUAUUUAGUAAUAUUUUCCAAAAACGUUGACAAAGAUUUAAUGGAUGUUUGUGAGAAUCCAAAGGCGAAUUACUUUCAUCUGACGUUCAAUGUAAAAAUGCUAAUUUAUUGCGAGAAAAAAAAUAACCACAAAGUAAAUGAAUGGUAUGCUUUACGUGACAACGAAACAAUUGUGGCUGAGUAUGCCACGUGGUCUCACGAUUUUAAACUGUUGACAAGCAACGGUAUGCCCUUGUUCGCUCGGCGAAAUUCUUCGAAAGGUCUACACUUUAAGGUUGCAACAGUCGGGACUGACGCUGUGCAAGACCACUUCAAAGAUAUAUUAGCCAUUGUAGCGAAAAUAGGUGACUUUCGUAUGGAUUUUUCAUUCGAAAAAUCUUGCGGAGCGUACACGUGGACUGGAAUCAUGAAAAAACUUGCAAACAACGAUGUGGACGUGGGAUUGGGUGGAUUCGGUGUAACGGACCGCAGAAUGAAAAUUAUCGAUUUUUCCAUGCCUUUCGACGUUUCGCCUGCAUACUAUUACGUUAGAGAACCAAGCAACCGCAAUUUACAGUGGUCCACGUACUACGAGCCGUUCGAAAGGCGAUCGGGGUGUUUUCUAAUUUUUUUAAUUGCGAGUACAAUGGUCUUUGUCGCCAGUACGAUGCUAUACUAUGACAAAAAGUUAAGGAAGACAGUGCCACAUCGGGGUAAUGCUUUCAUCGUUUUCUCCGGAUGUUUCACAGAUGUGAUGGCCAUCAUCUGCAAAAUGCCCUUGAUAAAUUUUACAAAUAUAUCGUCCAUACGAAUCGCUUACGUAUCCCUACACGUAUUGAUGUUUGUCAUCUCGUCGGCGUACUCGGCAAUCCUCAUGAGCCGCAUAACGAUUUUCAAACCGAAUUUACCAUUUUCUUCGAUCGAUGAAUUUCUGGCGGACGGGACACAUAAACUUUCGACAGUCAAAGAUUCCAGCUAUUUCGAAGAAUUCACUACGUCAACAAAUCCAAAAGUGCAAGUACUGAGAAACGUUAUGCUCAGCGAAGACGAAUUACCAACAAAUCCUUCGGAUGCCGUUAAACAGAUAUGCAGCGGCAAAAGAGUCGUUUUGUACUUGGACGAUUACACGGUUCGUCGGGAAGUAUCGAAAUAUGAUUGCAAAUUAGUGGGCUUCGAACGAGGCAAUCGGAUCAACGUGGCGUUUGCUUUUCCGAAACACAGUCCAUACGUGAAGCUUUUCAACCACGGGUGA